UCAUCAUAUCAUAUCAUAAAUCUGUUCUAUAGAUCAAAGCUAUAUACAUUACUAAUCAAUUGGAUCAAUCCAAAUGGCUGCUGUUUUCAAGCCUUUGCAGUGCUUACUAAUCGUCACAUUGUUGUCAUUCUUCAACUUACAAAUGAGCGGAGCCAUUCGCGUGCUGCUGCAGGUACCCGGCGAAUCGCUGCUAUCCGCGGUUCUUCCCGGCGGCGUCAGCCACAUUAUCCCCACAAUUCCGCCAGUAGAUCAAACUGUGCCGUCGUCACCGCCACCGUUGUCCAACGAGCCGCUCUCUUUUCCACCGUUGCCACACAACACAACAUUGUUAGGAGCAGCCGUACCGCCUCCGUCACCGCCACCGCCAGCAUCCUUAUUGCCAACUUUGCCUUUAGUCCCCCCUUCAGUAAUCCCUUUGCCCAACCCUCAAAGCAUUUUACCACCUCCCAUACUAAACUAGCUAGUCAUGUUUGACUUUCUUAUUCAAAUAUGUUAAUCGUUGACUAAUAAAAAAAAUACUCCCUAGAAAAUUAUUUAUAAUAAUAUAAUAAUUAAAGUAUGAAAUUGAUAUGAGAAUUUUCAGAAAAUAUAUAUUGAUAAAAAUAUACGGAGUAUAUUAAUAAAAGUAUUACUAUGUAUAUUGGUCAAAGUUUGACAUAUUUGAAUAAGAAACUAACAAUACCUAAUCUUUGGUGGGAUGAGGCCAUGAAGGAGGCAGUAUUAUGUUUUAAUUUCUCGAUGUAUUUUUGUUCUAAUGUGUUGCUGUAUGUAUGGGUCACAUGCAUGCAGUUGUGUUGGUUUUCAAGUCAUAGAGCAGUACGCACUACAUACAGUAUAUGUUAUGGAUCGAUGAACCAUUACACAUAAACCACUACUUGUAAUGCGUACCCAUGCUUCUCUGUAUCUUUUAUUUGAGUAAUAAGCACUUUUCUUUUCGAG